AUGGGAAACAGAGUGAUGGUGAGUCCCCUAGCUCUUGUGCUUCUGCUUUCCUAUGGAAUUUUUGCAAUGGCAAUGAACUUUAAUCAUGAAGAUGAAGAUUGGGGAAGGGAUCAGAGAGAAGAAGAGUGGGAAGGGCAUCAUCACAGAGGGCAUCACCAGUAUUUCCUUCUGCAACGAUCAAGGGUCCUGGUGAAAACUGAAGCUGGGGAAAUGAGGGUUGUGAGAAGUGUAGGUCAGAAAUUAGCCAAUAGGCAUAUCAAUGUUGGGUUUCUCACCUUGGAACCUAACUCGCUCUUCAUUCCUCAGUACCUGGACUCUAGCUUGAUUCUCUUUGUCCAAAAUGGACAAGCAAAUGUGGGGCUGGUACACCGAAAUGAACUGGGAGAGAGACAAUUGAAGGCUGGGGAUGUGUACAGGAUCCCAGCAGGUUCCACAUUUUACUUGCAGAAUGUUAGGGAGAACCAGAGACUUCAGAUCAUUCUCAGCGUUGACACGUCUGACAGUUUGAGAAUGGGUAAUUUGGAGAACUUCUUCAUUGGUGGAGGAACUCACCCGAAAUCUGUACUUUCUGGUUUCGAUUCUGAAAUACUCACAAGUGCAUUUAACGUGUCAUCUUCAGAAUUAAGGCAGGUUUUGACGAGGCACCAAGAGGGUGCAAUUGUAUAUCUAAAGAACUCUCAAUCACCAUCGAACCUUUGGGCUAAAUUCCUAAGCAUGAAAGAGCAGGACAGACUACAACAAUUGAAGAAAUUGGUGGACUUCUCAGAAGAACCAGAGCAAACCCUAACUUGGUCAUGGAGGAAACUACUGACCUCCGUGUUCGGAAAGCUUGAGAACGAGAAGAAAAGAAAGCAACAACAUCAUGAGCACUCCCAGGAAUCCUACAACCUCUACGACAGAAAGCCAGACUUCAAGAACAACCAUGGAUGGACCCUCGCAGUUGAUGAGUCUGAUUUCUCUCCCCUAAAGAACUCUGGCGUUGGCGUUCACAUUGUUAGUCUCAAUGCAGGGUCAAUGUUGGCACCACAUGUGAACCCAACAGCAACAGAAUACGGCGUCGUUACAAGAGGCUCAGGACAACUCCAGAUUGUGUUUCCAAACGGCACCUUGGCAAUGAAGGCGAAACUAAAGCCAGGGAGAGUGUUUUGGGUGCCGAGGUACUUCCCAUUUGUUCAAGUGGCUUCUAACAACGAGAAACUCGAGAUUUUCGGGUUCACUACCUCGCCGCAGCCGAACCAGCCACAGUAUCUGGCCGGCUCUAGCUCGGUGCUGCAAGCUCUAAGAGGUCAAGAACUUGCAGCUGCUUUUGGUGUGAGUGAGGGAAGAUUGAAUCAUUUUGUGAAUGCUCAACGUGAAGCUGUCAUUUUACCAUACAAUGCGGAGAGGAAUUAAAAGGCAGA